AUGGUGCCCAAGAGGAAGCGCGGGCCGAGCGCCGGGCGCCGGUCUGGCGCGGCGGGAGAGGGCACCGAGCCGCCGCUGUCGGAGAGCGCUCAGUCCUUGCAGCGAAAAUACAAACUGCUCUCGGAGCAGCUGGACGCCUGCGAGGAGCGCGUCGACCAGGCGCUGCAGGAGAACGCCUUCCUGGAGUGCGAGGCGCAGCGCCUGCGCGAGGAGAGCCGGCUCUACGCCAGCUACGUGAGCACGCGCGCGCAGCGCUGCGCCAACGCCAUCGUCCGGCUGGAGGAGCAGAACCGCGCGGACCUGACGCAGAUCCACCUGCAGCGCGCAGAGCUGGCGUCGCUCUACCGCGGGCGUGAGGAGGGGGUGCGCGCGCAGCUGCUGGAGAUGGAGGCGCGCGCGGCGCAGGUGGCGCGACAGGUGCAGGAGCUGCAGCCCUACAAGGAGCUGCAGCUGGAGCAGCUGGCCCGGAUCCGGGCGCUGGAGCGCGAGCUGCUGCGUAUGCGCGUGGAGCACAUGCAGCUGCUCCACCGCGAGAAGCGGCGUUUCCUGGAGGACAAAGCAGCCUUCGAGCGCGAGGCGCGCCAGCGCGUGCAGUCCCUCGCGCGGCGCGCGGAGCGGGAGGCGGCGCGCGCGCUCAUCGCGCACACACAGGCCAUCAGAGGGGACAAUGGGCGCCUGCGGCAGGAGCUGCUGCGGCUGCUCCGCCGGGCCCAGGUGCUGCACGAAACGCGGCGCCAGUUGCUGGAGCAGCGUGAGCAGCUGCGGCGCGAGCACGAGGACAUGCGGGACCUGGCGCGCGUGCACAGCUGGCUGCGCCGGGGCCCCGAGGGCCCGCCGCUUUGGCAACCGCCGCUGGCCUCCUCGCACCCCGAGUCCUUCGCCUCCACCACGAUCCAGUCGCGCGCGACCUCCCGGGUCGCAUCAGUCUCGGCCUCCCGGAACCCGUCUCAGGUCUCGUGGCACGCGGCCUCUUGGGCCCCAUCGUUGCUGUCGAAGCUCGCGGUUCCCUGGGUCCCGUCAUUGGUCCCAUCGCGUGUUGGCUCCAGGGUCCUGUCGCUGGCCCCUUCGAAGGCGGGAUCACGGGUCCCAUGCCAGGACCCAUCGCGCGGGAGCUCCAGGGUCCCGUCCUUGACCCUCUCGCGCCCAGGCUCCCGAGUCCCGUCCCUGACCCCGUCACGCCUGGAUUCCUGGGCCCCUUCUCGGUCCUCAUUGUGUGCCGCCUCACAGAACACCACCCUCUCUGGGAAGUCCGUCCCCGGGUCGGGCUCUUCCCGUCUCCCAGUCGAAGGAGACCGUGAAUGUGACGCUGCAGGCGAAGGCGCCUUGGGGAGAUCCUGAACCUACCUGGAGGAAGGCCAAUGAGGCCAGACGGUGCGGGGGAGACGGGGGUGCGCAGGACGCGGAUUUGGUGAGUGGAUUAUCAAUAAAGGUGUGACCCCUUCCACCCCUCUCCGCUCUGGCGCCGCCUGCUUCGCU